CUCAUUGAAUCAACUCAAAUAUUUUCGACACAUAGGAAAAAGGCAUUGGAGUCUCUCUCUCUUGUUUUUUGAUAGCCAUGGCGAGCACCAAAGUCCAGAGAAUUAUGACUCAGCCCAUUAACUUGAUCUUCAGGUUUCUCCAAAGUAAAGCUCGCAUUCAGAUUUGGCUUUUUGAGCAGAAAGAUUUGAGGCUAGAAGGCAGAAUCAUUGGUUUUGAUGAGUACAUGAAUUUGGUGCUCGAUGAUGCUGAAGAAGUUAACAUCAAGAAGAAGAGCAGAAAGACAAUAGGAAGGAUUCUUCUUAAAGGGGACAACAUUACUCUUAUGAUGAAUAGUGAAAAGUGAUUGUUAUCCCAGCAGUUAUUUGGAAUGGCAAUGCAAAUCUUCUCGGUAUCAUAUAGGUCGUGCCGCUAUGACUCUAUUGUGCUAUCUCUAAAGAAUAUUUUCACUUUUCAUCGAUAACAAGU